UAUAUAUCCAUCCCUUUCAUUUUAACUUUCAUUUUCAGCUCCAACAGCUCGUGUUCGUCUGAUGUCUGCGGUGGCCAGUUACGAGCAGGACAAGACGAUGUAGUCCCAGGUGCUGUGCAACCAAUCACCCGAACCUAAAAGUAGUUAAAAUCAAUCACCACGUUCCAAACGACACCAAAAAAAGGUCACGACUCCUGUUUGAAGCUAAAUAAAUGAUAUGCGUUCGGAUUAGGGGUCAAAGACUUUUUUUUUGUCCCCCUGCACAUGCGGAGGUUAACUCCGGGUCUUACAGGGCAGUGCGCAACGGUUGAAUGACUUUGUUUUGCCAGAAGAAAAAGAAAAAAGAUCGAGACGGCGGGCGCCCUGUCAGACUUUCUUCAACGGUUUUUGCUUUCCCUCUCCGCAUAUCCCCACAAACGGUCCGGGAGUCCGUUGUGGUUCGGCCGUCCGAGCUAACAACAUUGCUUAUUGGGAAAUGCACAAAAGUAAUUUCCAGAUUGUUGGGAAUAGGGACGAGAAAAAAGAAUUUAAGGGUCCUUCUUCCCACAUCUUGUUCCUGCAUUUGUUCCAGUCUUUUUUUUUUCUCAUCAAAAUACGACAUCAUCUAGCAACUGCAGCUCUGUCAUACCCACCAUCAAGAGCUUCCAACAGUUUAGUAAAGUCAACUUCAACUUAUAGCCGCCAACAUGGGUUCACAAAUUCAGAAGAGCGAUGAGAUAAGCUUCUCAGACUUUCUCGGCCUUCAAACUUGCGUGUACGAGUGGGCAGACAGCUACGACUCCAAGGACUGGGACAGGCUGCGGAAAGUCAUCGCACCGACUCUGCGCAUCGACUACCGCUCGUUCCUCGACAAGCUCUGGGAGGCGAUGCCGGCCGAGGAGUUCGUCGCCAUGAUCUCGAGCAAGCUGGUGCUGGGCGACCCCACCCUUCGCACGCAGCACUUCAUCGGCGGCACCCGCUGGGAGAAGGUCUCGGACGACGAGGUCAUCGGCUACCACCAGCUGCGCGUCCCCCACCAAAGGUACAAGGACACCACACUCAAGGAGGUCACCAUGAAGGGCCACGCCCACUCGGCAAACCUCCACUGGUACAAGAAGGUCGACGGCGUCUGGAAGUUCGCCGGUCUGAAGCCCGACAUCCGCUGGGGCGAGUUUGACUUUGACAGGAUCUUUGAGCACGGAAGGGAUGUCUACGGCGAGAACUAGAAGACAUGUGUGUGCUGGUAGUAGGUCUUUUUU